GAAAGAGGAGCAGUGAGGGUGGAUAGCGCGCACAGUGGUGAUAACACUAUCUAUCUAUCUAUCCAAAUGACGAGCGUCGCUUUCACGCGCUCCACUCAUCACGCGCGUCCGUGAAGUGGUGUUUCAUUCCUCACACUUGGUUUUUUUUCCUCCCGCGUCGCUAAUUUAUUUGAGCUGCAGAAAGACUGCGAGAACUAUCGAAGAGCUUCUUCAGCCGAUGUAGGACAUGGUUUUGCGCCACGGAAAUCUCGAUGUUUUAUCUUGCGUUUUUUGCCCGCGCUCGGUCUCAUAACAAUGUAGAGAAAGUGCGCGGUGACCGCGAGCGCAGCGCACGGGCGAUGUUGACGCCGUCACCUUGCCGUCUGGUUCGCGUAGCUUCUUGACUUUUUUUUUUUUUCCAGUGGAGUAUAAUCGAGACGAACUUGUGAAUGUAAAAGAAGGCGGCUGUUGAGAAGCGACUGAACCGUCCAGCUGCCCACGCUGCCGCUGGGUCGCUCUGCACAUCCGUGCGCACUUCUGAGGAGAAAAACAGCGAGCAACUAAAAAAAAAAAAAGGGGACAAGACGCGUCCUUGUUUUUUCGUGAAUAUUUCGCCCAGUCCUCGUUUGGUGCGCUCUGGAGAGACGUGGAGCUAUUUCAAGCUUUCGGUUUCUCGGGAUAUAUAACAUUAGAAUGCUAGCAUCCGUAACAUUUGGAGUAAGGUGUCUAACUUAAGGUGACCAUCGCGCUCGAGCGUCGACGUUUGUUGGAACGCAUAAAUGGACGAAUACCAGGAGGACUGAUUCGGAAUUGUUGUCUGGAAAAAUGUGGCUGAAACGGUGUGUCACACGCAGUUCCAUGGUUGCUUGGAGACCUGGGGGAAUGCUGGGAUGUAGAAUGUGGAUCCUCUUCAUCCUUGUCCAUCUCACAAUGGAUCUGUCUCUGUGUGCACCAGCAGGCCAAGGGCUCACCCUCAAACUACUGCCCAGAUCAGUGCCCGGCCGGCAGCCGCACCCUUUGCCCACUCGGGACACACUCGCCGGCCAGCACUUGAGGACUCUGGGUGUCUUUCAUCGUGGCGUUCCGCCUCCCUUGACAUCGCUGGGCAAUCACGGGGCGCUGGGGGGUGCCAAACUGUGGGGGCGGAAAAACCGCAGGUCGCUCCAAACACGGCAACUUUGCGCGGAGUGCCCCUCCGACAAAGGAAAGUCGGUUGCAUCGCCAGAGGGGAGUAAAUCUGAUUUAAAUCUGCAUUUAUCUCGCUCAAGGAGGCAGCUGAAAGGGGACGGCUAUGACUCCCUAGAGGGGAGGACCACCACAGUGGCAGGAUUUAUUGACUGGGGCCCUACGGGGGCCGACGAGGGGCUGGAGGAGGAGGCAAAAAUGACCCCGAACGCCACCGUCACCUCUUUAGCCCCUUCCACCACCACAGUUCCCGUAACUAGCACUACCACACGCAGCCCCCAAAGGACGUAUGCGGUGAUUACAACCGCACAUCCUAAGAGGCAAAGCACCACACAGCCAAGCAACUCCAGAGUGACUGCCAAACCACCGAAACCUUUUGGGGACACACCAGGUCUGGCUGUUCACCAGAUCAUCACCAUCACUGUGUCCCUCAUCAUGAUCGUUGCAGCCUUGAUCACUACUCUAGUCCUUAAAAACUGUUGUGCGCAGUCCGGGAAUGGCCGACACAGCAGCCACCAGAGAAAGAUCAACCAGCAAGAGGAGAGCUGUCAAAACCUGACCGACUUCACGCCCGCCCGCGUGCCCAGUAAGGUGGACAUCUUCACCGCCUACAACGACAGUUUACAGUGCUCGCACGAGUGUGUGCGGGCCGGCAUCCCGGUGUACACGGACGAGAUGAUCCAGCACACACCCAUCUACAAGACCUCCUACAAUGGAAACAGACCGUCGCCCACUGAAAGGCAGCUAAUCCCUGUGGCCUUUGUGUCUGAUAAAUGGUUCGAGAUCUCCUGUUGAGGCCCUUUUACUACCUUUGGGUUGAGCCCACGUCUUCAAUUUGUGCCCUGGAUCUCAUUGGAAAACCUGUGAAUCAAACACAAAAGACUAAAACACAAUAAAGCAAAACGAAACCACAAGAACAACAACGACAAGCAAUUACGGAGACGGGAAGCGAGACGAACAGGCAGUUUUGUACAAAUGUCGGAUCUCUCUAGAAGCGGACUGAAGAUGUUUAUUUUUCUAGACUGAUGCAGUGCUAUGGAUACCACUCCCAAAUUAUUUUCCAUAGACAUGUGAUCAUUUUAGAGAUGAUAUACCUAGAGCUGAUAUAUUAUAUACGUGUAUUACUGCACAUGUUGGGUGUGCUGGAGAGGAGAGGCCGAGGGGACGCUCUCUGACACGAUACGUCUGCUUGUGUGGAGAAAAGACUCUCCUGAACUUUGUGCCAAUAAUGCCAUUAUGUGCCACUACAUAUAUAGAUGGGACGCGUUCAGUUUUGUGGAAAAUUACAGACACAUCAAGUAAUUUCAGUGACUGUCUCCCAAUAUCAAACUGUCAUCCGUUUUUGUAUAGAAAGUAUGAAUAUGUAUUUGAAAUAUGUUUUGAAAUAGCUGAGGAAAUGUGUUACAAAUGUCCAAAAAAUAUUUAUAUGGAGCACUAUUCAUUUAGAGAAAAAAAAAGAGAACCCAGUGAGGAAUAGUAGACCCAGGUUUUAAUUUCGCUACAUUGUUACUAGGCCCCGUUUUAAAGGAAUAGUCUCUAUUUUUAUACAAACGAGGUUACAUAUGAAUCAGACAGACCCAAUUCAACCGGACUCUUGGGACUGUUAAUCUGCGAGCAGAGGUUCGAUGAAAUGUUGAAUUUUUUUAAAGCUAUCAAACAAUGUGGACGCCAGAUUCAGUAUUCAUUCACAGCUUUUUUUGAUUUGCCAAAGCCAUGCUUCAGACGCCUGUUGAGUUUCCUUUAUUUUAAUCGCUGAUCAGAAAUUACGUGUACGGGUUAAUCAUGUUUACGGACUCACAGAACCUCGGAGAGGUGUUUGAUACCCGACAAUUACCAGUUAGUUUGUGGGUCGAGCCUAAAUAACACAGUUAUCAAUUAAAACAUUACAAAAUAGCUAAUAAAGCUCCUCUAUGUUUUAAUUACAAAGCUUAAUUUGAAUAAAUCACCAGACAAUUAUAAACCUCGUGCAUAGACUCAUAAAGGACAAAAUAUUGUGUUACUUUAUUUUUGUGCCUAGUAAUUUGUGCCAACUUGAUUUCAUUUGCGCUCACUUCUAUAUUUAAAUCUGCAACAAAACCACGAAUGUCCCUCUCAUUGUCCAUGUUUUAAUCCAAGCUAACAGUUUAUUAUUUAGCGUUUUUCACAGUUUGAUUUAUUAGAGGAGUACUGACUCAAAGGCAAAUAUUCCAUCAGCAGAGACAGAAACGUCUAGUGCCAAUCGUUUUAAUAGCAAUCAGAAAUGCAGUAAUAUAUAAAACAGCAUGAAACUUGCCAAUCAGUUUGAUUUAUUGAUAAAGUCAGCAGGAGUAAAUGACACUUUGGAUUAGUGCGUGUGUGUGCGUGUGUGUGUGUGUGUGUGUGUGUGUGUGUGUGUGCGUGUGGGAGUGACAGAGAGAGUGUGUGUGUGUCUGAACUGAAACACUACUCGAGCAUCACUAGACCAAAGAGCAGUACAUGAACAGACCAGGACAGUUAUUCUGUACAUGACAAGUAAAUAAAAUAAGAGGGAGGAUAACUGUUGUUUUAUCCCAAAACAGAUGUUUAGUGGUUACAAUUACAUAUUGUACAAAGGCAAACACUGUGACGAGGAAAAUAGUUGUUUGCAAUAGUCUCUCACUGAAAGUGAAACGUCUCUGAGUAAAUUUAAUCAUAGGUUUCAGACAUAAGCAGUAGAGAAUCGUGAUUCCUGUUUUCAUCUCCGGAAGACAGCAAUACAUAUGAAGUUUUGUCAACCCUUUUCUUUUUCUUUUUUUUUUUCCCCUUCCACUGUUGUCUAUAAUUGACCAAUUCAGGAGAUCAUGUGAACCACGCUGGCCAAUCAUGUUAGCUAUUUAGAAAACUACUAAUUAUAUACUGGAACACUAAAGCUCUGUAUUAUGUACAUGUGUAAAUGUGUUUUCUAUAUAUUUGCAUCUAUUCUAUCUUGUGAUUUUCUUUUUUUAAUCCUCUUUUUCACAGGGUCGAUGGAAAAGUUUGAAACUGAUUUUUUUGUUUACACCGCAUAAGUCGCUGCAGAGGUUACAGACAGACAGAUAUACACAUUAUUGUUGUGCCAAGCCUCAAAAAAAAAAAAAAAAAAAACCUGUUGUUUCUGCUGUAGCUGUAGUUCUCCUAAUAAUUAGGAAAUUCCAGGUCAUUUGCAUUUCAUUUUGAUACACGGAAAAAGAUUGAAUAUGCUAAACGGGUCUCUUUUUUGGUUUGCUUUUCUUUUUUUUGGUUAAAUUAAAAACGCUUUAGGUGUUUUGUCAUUCUCUUUCUCUCAGAGAAUGAAAAUAGCUCCAAACCAUCUCAGUCGACAGCUCAAUAAACUGAACGUCAAUUAAAAUAAAAACACAAUAAAUCUGAACAGACGACUGGCCUGUGUGACUGCCGGCAGAGGAGAAGAUCUGUGCUGUGAGUCUGAUAAACAUGUCUGGAGUUUGACUGAGUGUGGAUUGUCGAUUCGGAGCUCGGAAACAGUUUAACGAAAAUCUGCUGAACAAAAGGUUAAUUGACUUUGUGCUAAGCCCCGCCUUAAAACACUACUGACCAAUCCUACUGUACCUUAUCAACUGUCUGCCAUAUCGUAAGACGAGCUUAUGGAAGCAUGUUUGGAUAGUUGCAAAUGCAAUUAUUUGAAAAUAUAAUAUAAUAAUACACACAUAUUAUAUUAUAUUACAUUUUUAUUUAUAGGUCAGUUUAUUUUGCCUGGCCUUUAAUGAUGUUAUUUCAUAAACACAUCUUUAAAGAAAAAAAAAAGAAGAUAAUUUUCAUUCCAUCCCACGUAACAAUAAUGUACUUUUUUUCCACUCACGGGAACAUUUUACUGCGAGUCGUGCUUUUUUUAUUUGCGAUUGUAGAUUCUGUAACAUUUGUCUUAAGUGAACAACAGUACCAAUGACAUAGAGUUUUGGGGAACAGACAAAUGACCAUUUUCAUCUGUGCAUUACACCUGAAUGUGCUUUCUCAUUCAUUUCAAGUCUACCAGAACUUUCUCUGAAUGAAACCUGCUGAAUCCAGUGCAAUAUGAUGUUUUUUUUUAUAUGAGAAAUACUUCAAAAUCAGAGCCCUCCUCAUUGUCGACAUGUAUAUUACACACUGCUUAUUGUAAAGGCUUGUUUUGUUGUCAUGUGUUGUAUUUUUUUUUUUUUGGUUUUCAUGUGGUACUAUACUCAGGCAUCAUCUAUCUAUGAAUACGUUAUUUUAUAAAAGGCAAGUAUCUAAUGUUUACGCACACAAACCUAUGUUGGCUUCGGUUCUGUUAUUUAUGAAUUCUUUUGUUGUUUUCUUUUUUAAGCGACGCACAUUUGCAGAGUCACAUUUCAUGAUGACAGGUUUCAUACGGUGCAGAACGUACUCCUAAACGCCCCCCAAAAGCCCUGGGCUGUCAGGAGAGAUUACGCCAAAUUCCUCCUUGUGUGACAUAGAUCCGUAAAAACCGUUUAAAACUUAUAGAAACCGGAAACUCUUUACUGAGGCUUAGUCAGGGAGUAUCUGAGAUGGUCUUUGGCUUUUGAUUUGCUGCAGGUACAAUUUAUUACAUUGCUCCAUAUUACGUGCGAAAACAACCUGACACAUGUCCUGUUGUUGCCAUAGAAAUAAAAACUUUGUACUUUGUGUACCUUAACUUUUUAUAUUUGUGUCUAAUAUAUCGAUGAGUACCUCUUUUUUCUUUUAUAUAAGAUCUAUGAAUAUAGUACACAACACAAUAUACGAGAAAACACACACACAUAAAAACACAUACACGGAUGCUGUAUGAACUAACAGUCUCUGUGUCAAAAUAGUGCUGUGUACUUUUAUUUUGUGUCUUUGAGUCUCUCUCUCUCUCUUUCUCUUUUUGUAGGUAUUGGUAAAGUUACAUUUCCAGGUGACAUUGAUUUUGAUUCUUGUUCUAAAGCUCUCUGUGUUUUGGCCACUGUAAAUGCAGCUGUCAUCAGAAUGAAUCUGUACAUUUAGUACUCUCUCAAGUUGCUAUUAAUAAGAUGUUAAAAUGAAAUGGGCUGUCUUUCUAUAAACACCAUCAAAUGUUUGUAAAAUGAUUAUGGGGUGUUAUUUGGACUGGGACAAUGAUAUUGAAAAUAAAAGUCAUUCAAAAAAGAAAA